UCGCUCAACAAACUCGGCAGAAUACAGUUCUCAAAAAUUGCCAUGGAUAGUAAAAGUUUAUUAGUGGUGCUGCUGGUGCUGGUCUGCUGCAUGCACAGCGUUUGGUCGCAGACAACGGAAUCAACAACAAAACAAACAAGUGAAGCAGAAAUAACAACAGAAAUAUCACCAACAACUGAGCCACCAUUUUAUAAUUGUCGUUUAUAUGAAGGAUCCAAACUGGAUCUCGAUCCUCUUGUAGGUCUCUGGUAUGAGACGGGCCAAUAUCCCUUCAACUACAUGAAGUGCUCGAAUAUCUCAGUUGAUGACAAGGUCAGUACGGAGAAUAAGAUUGAGCUGCAAUUUGAGUACGUUGACUCCUCUGAUGACAAAUGGGAGUCCGCAAAGAAGUCGAGCUCCUAUCCCUGGAAUUCGAAAACUCAAAAUGGUAUCUUUGAGAAGAAUGUUGAGGAGACCUACAAGCUUGUCAGAACGGAUAGAAUCACAUACGCCUUCUUCUGCGGCUACGUGGGCACUAACCCCGUGGACCGCUUUAAGGUGUGGACGCGCCAGCGACAUCUGACUUCGGAAGAAAUGAUGGAUCUGCAGAUAAAGUUCGUCGAACUGGGACAGGGCACGAAUAUUGUCUGGGUGGAGCAAUCUCUGGAAAAGUGCAACUCAGCAAUGCGCACAGCCGGCGGAUCACUUGUUGCGUUGGCCUUGGCGCUUCUUGUCUAUCGUAGGAAUAUAUAAAAUCUAAUUAGUUUCUUAGUUCAAGAAUCAAGUCAAGCAAUUUUAAUGAUUCAUAAGAAGAUAACAUUUUUAAAUAAUAUAAUGAACAUGCAAUUUAUUUUUAUAUCUUGUAUGUAUAAGACAAGUUUUAA